AUGGAUGAUAUUACUUCGUGGUUAGCCAGGUUUGACUUUUUUGUUAGUAUUUCACUGAUAGACGAGGAUCAUAAGGAAUUCUACUUAUUAAAUUCCCUGUCUUCCGUUGUUUAUCGAGCGUUGGCGGCAUUUGUGAAGCCUCAGGAGAUAACAUCAUUGUUGUAUAAAAAUUUGAAGUUAAGAGUAACAGAGAUGUAUGGGACUAAAACGCUUCUUUUUUCUGAAAGAUACCAUUUUUUUCAUCUUAAACAGGAGGCAAAAAGUUAUCUGGAAUUUGCUACGUUGAUUAGAGAGAAAGCAGCGUUUUGUGAAUUAGGUGAUUUUUACGUGCCUGCUCUUGCCUUGGUAUUCACUGUGGGUAUUAAUGACCCACAGCUACGUGAGAAAUUUCUUGAGAUAGAAAAUUGCACGUUGGAGCAAGCGUUGGCCAUAGCGCAAAAAAAGGAGCAGAUCACUACGGAGGCAACUCGUAUCAAAGCCUCGGGUUUUAUUCAAUCUACACAAAUCACCACUGCACAAUCAUCGAACAAUACAACUUCCUUGCCGCAAAUAGCAACCGUGGCACAAUAUGGACCUUGUUUGACUUGUGGCGGCAGUCAUAAAAGGCAAAACUGCAAAUUUAGGGAGGCUGAGUGUUAUAAUUGUCAUCGGAAGGGUCAUAUUGCAAAAGUCUGUAGAGCAAGAAGUGCUACAGCAAGAGGACAGAAGUUCAAAUCGAAUAAUAAUAGUCCACAUACUGCAGCAAGUCCUCAAAAUAAGUCAAACCCAGCAUGUGGUGCGUCAAGGCAGAAAACAAGUAAAAAACAAGUAAAUCAAGUUUUGGAAAAUCCUAAGACAGGCCUAUUUUUUGUUACUUUAUAA